AUGGCGACGCGGGUCGAGGUCAGCUCCCUAACAUCCCUGCCAGGAGUGCCAGGCCUCGGUGAGAUCGCCAAGGAGGAGACCCUGACACGGACCUACUUUCGCCAGGCCGGCGACUCCUCUGGGGCUCCCUCAGCGCGGCUCCUGGAAGGAAAAAGCCCCCUGAGGAGCCCUGCACGCCUGUUCCCUCUGCCGAGACUCGCCCCCAAGCCCUUCUUCAGGGAGAAGGCCCCGGACGUGAAGUCCGCCGGCACAUCCUUGCAACCCAGCCCGACCAGGCCUUCUCCUUCCUGUGGGCCGCCCCAGGGCUUGGCGGCCAAGGACCUGGGCGAGAGGAUGCCCAGCUUGGCGGGGCAGGAGGCGGGGAGCGGGGAGGGCCUGAGGAGGAGCUCGUCUCUGUUCAACAAGGCCGCCUCUCUGCGGCCCAGCCCCAGCACUGUGAUUCUCUUUGAAACCACCAAAGCCGGGCCCGCCCUGGGGAAGCGGGCCAGGGAGGGGGCCCAGGAGGCCAGCGCGGGCGUGUCUCAGGAGACCCCUUCGGGCUCGCGGCCUGAGGUGGCCGCCAAGCCCGCCAAGCCCACCCCGCCCGCCCGCAAACCUGGGGGGGCCCUUCCCCGACCAGCCUCCCUGUCACAGGACGCAAUGCCGGCUGCCACCCGAGAGGAGACAGGCCCAGGGGAGCCUCUUGCAAAGGCCAGCAGUGUGGAGGACACGGGCGGCCCCACCGUGGAGCCCAGGCCUCGCCUGAAGAGAAGGCCCGUGUCAGCCAUUUUCACGGAAACUGUUCAGCCUCAGAAGCCGGGCCCAGGUGGAGUGGCUACGGCGGGGAAAGCGCCCCCCACCCCUCCUGAGAAGACGUGGGUGAGGAGGCCCAGGCCUCUGUCCAUGGACCUCACGGCCCGGUUUGAGAGCAGAGAGGCCUUGCUGAAGAAGGUGGCUGAGGAGGCCACAGCAAGUCCCACCGCCCUGCAGCGGGGGCCCGAGAGGUCCAACCCAGAGCCCAAAGAGGAAGGGCAAUGUGUGGGCAAAGCAGAGGCUCCCCUUCACGACCCAGAUGCAGACUUCCUGGAGGUGGCCAAGAAGCUCCGAGAACGGAAGGAGAAGGUGCUUUCUAAGCAAACAGAGCUGGGCAGCCUCCGAACGGCUGGGGGCUCCGCCAGGGUCACCUCCACAGAGGACCAGAAGCUUGGGGAAGAGAGAGCCAAGCCGGACGGGGAGCCGGAGAAGGCUCCCGAGCCCCCUUCGCCCAGGCCAGGAAAAGGCCAAGAAAUCGCUGAGGUCAAGAGCAGAGCGUCUGAUGGGGCCAUCCGGACGAGGGGAGAGUGGGCCGCCAGGGGCAGCGUCAAGAAGCGCCUCAGCCUCUUCGGGGAGGAGAGCGCGUUGGCCUCGGCGGUGGGGCCCGAGCCCCCGCAGGCUGCCCCUGAGUCCCCGUCCGCUGCUCCAGAGCUGGAGAAAGCGGGGGUGAGCGUGCAGGAGCGGAUCAAAGGCUGGGCCACCGAGAGCUCCGAGGCCAAGCCGGGGGUCAGGAGAAAGGCCUUCCAGGCACGGCCGCUGUCGGCGGAUUUGACCAAACUGUUUUCAAGUUCAGCUUCAAGCAACGAAGUCAAGUAUGAGAGGUGUGUGGAGCUGAGUGGCGAGCUUGCUAAGGAACCGAGAGAAAAGCAAAAGGAAGGGCCUGGUGUGGAUGGAGCCCCCGCUCCCAGAAGCCCCUGGCAGCCUGGGACGCCCCGGGAGAAGGCCAGGCAGACUCAGCGGAAGGACAGUUCUCGCCACGUCCCCAGCAGCUGCUGCGGGGCGAGCUCAGUGGGGGCCUUGAGCUCCUCUGACAGCACUCCAGAAGACGACGGAAGCUUCCAGACCGUGAGGGCCACGGUGUUUGAGCAUCACGUGGAGAGACACACUGUGGCUGACCAGUCGGGACGCAGUCCCUCCGCUACAUCCCCUGGUGCUGUGGCCCGUGGCCCUGAACCCAGACCCAGGCCCGAGAGAGGCUCGUGGCUAGGGAAGGGCCCUCCAGAAAAGACGAUCCUCCAGAAGGAGAACUCCAGGUGGCUUGAAAACCCCGACACAGAAAAACUGGGACGGACUCCCCUCUUGAAUGGUGACUCCAAACAGUAUCAAACGCCUCUCGCGGAGAAGUACCCCCCGGGCGAAAAACGUAGUAACAACCCCUUCCUUCCAUGCUCGGAAAACCCUCCCAGGUCACAGAGGGUUGAACCCAAGUACGACAUUGUGCACGCUGUGGGGGAGCGCGCGCACAGUGAGGCUGUCCCCACAGCACCUGAGGAAAAGGCUGUGACGCUCCGGAGUGGCAGGGCCCGGCUCUCGCUGAAGGGGAGGCAGCUGUCCCCUGAGGUCACCCCUGCUAACCCAGAGUGCAGGCUGGACAGUCAGGUGGGAUCCGUCCAAAGGGCCAGUUUGAUUUGGGAAGCUCGAGGGACGCAGGAGGUCAGCGGGCUCCACGCUGACUCCCGGGAGCCAAAGGACACAUUCGGGGCCCCAUCACCCAAGUGGAAAGGCGGGGCGGCCGGGAACUGGCAUAAAGCCACGGUAGGGGUCAGUGAUGAGAAAGGCUUGGAAGUGAGUCCUGAUGCCACCAGCGAGCACUCAGCCAGGCCCUGCCAGGCCGUCACCAGGGAGACCCAGCACCAAGGGCCCGAGGGCGCCGGAAGCAAGCCGGGGGGCUGCGUUUCAGCAGGAGAAAGGGGUCCGCUCUGGGGCUGUCCUCUGGACCCUCCUUUCAGGGCUAAGGGGGAGCCCUCCGACUUCCGAGCACGGGCACACCCUGACGGGCUGGUGCAGAAAGGGCCCCUCGUUGUGGCCGCUGGUGAGGGUGAACCGAGGCUGGCCCAGGCCCGGGAGCCUGAAGCCAGGAUGCGGAGGGUGAGCCCCACCGACCAGAGAUUUGAGAGGUGGAGGCGGCGGACUUUACCCCACGACGUGAAGUUUGAUGAAUUCCUGGCCCCAGAAUACUCUUCAAAGGCGGAGCAGAGAGGCACAGAUUAUCUGAGCUCCACCGCAGGUGCCUUGAGGAAACCUCAACCAUCCCAUAAUACGGCGGAGGCCCAGGAGGGGGACUCAGGUGUCUCACGGGACCCGGCUCCUCCAGCAGUGAAGCAAGGGUCGUCUGUGGAACCGAAGAUGACAUUUUUUGCAGUGACAUAUAAGAUUCCUGAUACUCAAAAAACAAAGAGUAUUGUUAAGCCAGGGCCUGAACACUUGACGGAACAUUCUAGAAAAAUAGCUCCGCCUCCAUCCCCUCAUCCUUCAGCUUCUACCUUGGUUUCUCUCAACCCUGAAGAGACCCUGCAGGCCGUGGGCAAUAAAAGCUGGGCUCAGAGCAGAGAGCAUGACAAGGCGAGCAUUUCAAAAACUCGAAAGCCAACAGACAUUUCAUCAGCUCUUGGGGACAGAAUUCUGGAUCUUUCUACUGAAAGAAUCAUUGAUACCGAUAGUGUGCGUGUUCACCGGCGACCGGAGGACGGCGCUGGUUUUCAGAAUGAUUGGAAGGACGGUGGGAACAAGACGUCCCCCAGUAGUGCUCCCCAGACGUCCCCCGCUUUCAAAAGCCGCCUGAAAGCCAGCGACCUCCUGGUCAGAAGGAAGACUGAGGUGGUCAGCGAGACGUUCCCAGGUAAAAUCAAAGAUGGCUACAGAUCCAGCGUUCUUGACAUCGAUGCCCUGAUGGCCGAGUACAAGAAGCAGGAGCCGCAGGAGCCGGUGGAGGGCCCACCCGCAGAGCCCAGCAGCUCGCCCCGGGAGAGGCCGAGCCAGCCCGGUGGGGUGGAGCGGCGGCGGAGGAGCCUGAAGGAAGGGCCUGAAGCUGAGGGUCUCUGGAAGCGAGCCAGUUUUGCUGAAACAAACCACAGUUCUAGUCCUGGCUCUGGCAAGCAGCUGGCAGAGACGCUGGGGGCAGCCACGAACCCCAAACUCGGCUCUCCUCUGUGGGCUCUGCCGAACUCAGCUCCUUCCGAAAAACACCCAGGGGCCUCUCCUGGCCCUGAGACUCCCAGGAAGAAGAUCUCAGAACUCUCUGAGGAUGAAACAAAGACCUCUGCUAGCAAACACCCCGGUGCAAAGUGUCAGAGUUACGCCGCCACCCAGGAGGAUCCAGGCGCUGGAGCCAGUGUGUUGCCCACAUCCUCCCCAGCUGACCAAAAGAAAGGGACCCCGAGGAAGUCCAGUUGGAGGGGAGAGGAAGGCCAUGGGGCCCAGUGGGGUGACCACCCACACCACCGUGGAAGGUCACCGCUGGAUGUCAAAAGGGCCUAUUCGGAGAAGGGCCCUCCUGCCAAAAUCCGAGAGGGCCUGUCCGUCAUGCAGGAGGCCAGAGAGAGGAGGCGAGAGCAGCUCAAAGCGAGGCACAGCCUCCCCGGGGACAUUUUGGAAGCCAAAGAGGCCCAAGCGGGGCCCUAUUGGCGGGACUCAGGGACCCGAGACAGUCAAAAGGUGCCAUCGCCAGACCUGGGGAGGGAGGAUGUGUUCCAGGACAGUGAGCCGCCGCUCCGGCAGGUGUCCCCUGUGGCCUUGGGCCCCCGGAGAAGCCGCAGCUUCUGCAAGGACAAGAGGAGCGGGGCCUUCGUGGUGAGUGAUACUGGCGGGUCGGAGCGGAAUCUGCGGCGGCGCUGGUCGUCGGCCGCCAGUGGGAAUGGGCUGUGCGUUCUGGGGAGUGGCCACCAGGAGGCGGUGGCGUUCCGCCCACUCCCUGAUGUCUUCAAAAUCUGCCUUGGGGACCUGAGCAUUGGACCCUGA